AUGUCUGGUAGUUUUCCGGAUGAUAUGUGUAUUUUAAUUCCUAAACUUGAAUUUAUCCAUCAUUCUUGGAAUGAGUUUGAUGGCCAAAUUCCAUCAACUCUGACUGAAUGCAGAGAGCUCCAAAUCAUAUCAUUGUCUGUUAAUAAACUCUGUGAGGUCAUACCCAGAGGAAUCGGAAAUUUAACCAUGCUCAAGGAGUUGUAUCUUGGAGAUAAUAACAUCACAGACAUGCUGCAGAGGAUGGACAUAAUGAUAGAUGUGGCUUGCACCUUGGAAUAUCUUCACUGUGGUUAUUCAGUGCCUGUGGCUCAUUGUGAUUUGAAGCCAAGCAAUGUGUUACUAGAUGAUGAUAUGAUUGCACAUGUGAGUGAUUUCGGCACUGCAAAGUUGUUAGGUGUGGGGGAGAGCACUGCACAAACAAGGAUAAUAGCAAUAUUUGAAUAUAUUGCACCAGGUGAUGCUGCUAUCUUACAAUUCCUAUAG